UGGCUAGCAACCUCCGAAGGAUCUAAAACAUUAAACCCACUCAGAGCAUGAUAUUAGUGGCAAGUUUAUUAACCGUGCUGGUCCUCACCAGUACGGAAGGUGCACGAAUUAAAGGAGGACCUAGAAUAGUACAAGAACCUGCUGUUAUUCAGGAGGUUUCUGGGCCACACCUUCAUGUUGGAAAAGGAGGAAGAGGUGGUGCGUUACAUCAUACUGCUCUUCUCCGAGACCCUAUUUCCCAGGAUCCUGUGGUUGUGGAGCAAGUGCAGUCCAUCGGAGAUCCCAGUGGAAUUAAGUCAUCUAGCUUUGGAGCAGACUCUGCCCAGUUUACUCUUUCUGAUGCUCAAGUUCCUUUCGGACAACGCCGUCUAUAUCGUAGUGGGCUAUCCCAAGUUCCAUUUGGUCUUUCGGGACUCGAUUACUAUUCCUUUCCCAAUUCUCUUUUAACCCAGAGGCGAGUUCUUCGAAGAAAAACAGUGUCUUCUGACAAUUUAUCUGGACUUCGACCAGUGGGAUUCUCGUCAGGGAGGAAAGGUGGAAUUGUAGCAGCUGGACCAAGUAUUGCCCAAUUUUCAGCAGGAGAUGCUCAAAUAAAAACUAGCCCAUUCGGUGCAAGGAGAGCUAUCUACCGAACAGGAGUUUCUCCUGUACCUUUUGGUUUGAUGGGUCUUGAUUACUAUUCCUAUCCUGCUCAAUUAUUAACCCAGCGCCGACUUAGUGAUGAUGUUUUUGGACAAAGGCAUAUUUUAUCAGGAGCCUCAGCUUUCUCAGCCGGAGAUGCUCAGAUCAGGGGCCCUGCACUUGAACCUGUUGGCCAGGAGAAAGUAAUGGUUGUUGAAACUUCUCCUUCUCUUGUUGGUGGUCUUGGAGAUGGUUUUGGUCAACGUCAGGUGACAACUACUAUUACAAAGUCUGAAGAUCCCGUUUCAGCUGCUUUAGGUCAAGGAUUUGGACAACGGCAGGUUACAACAGUGACAAAAUCUGCGGGAGGUUUAAGCGGAGGUCAAAUAAUCCUUAGUGGAGCUCAAGGAAUUGGUGGUUUAAGGAGAGUCAAGACAAGGCCAGUCGUACGAACAUCCCCCGCGCAAAGUGUGCAGCUUGUUCUUGAUGACAAUUCAGGUCUUGGAGCCCCUAUUGGCGGUUUUGGACAACGGCAGCUUACCGUAAGUGGAGGUGGUAUCUCACCGGUUGCAGCUAUUUCACAAGCUCCUAUAACUCAAGCUAGAGUUGUUGAAAAACAAAUAGUACAAGCUCCUGUGGUUCAGGCUCCCAUUGCCCAAACUAGAGUUAUUGAAAAACAAGUAGUACAAGCUCCUCUUGCUCCUGCCCCAAUUCGGAGACGCGUUGUCUCUAGAGGCCCAGGAGAAGUUUUCCUUACUCAAGUAUCAAGACCUAGAGUGGCACCACGGCGGGUUACUACAAUUACAAGACAAGCACCUGCUGUUGUUGCUCCAGUUGCAGGGCCAAUAGGCCAGCAAAGAGUAUCUGUCGUUGAAGAAGGUUUUGGAGGUUCUUCCGUGCGCGGACCACUAGGGCCAGGAAGUAUACAAUUUACGUUAGGUGAUUCCCAACUGAUUGGAGGACCCGUAGUAGCUCAAAGGCCAGUCAUUGCUGAAGCAAGACCACAAGUAUUAUCUCAAGUUCGUACUGAUGCAGGUUUUGGUGGAAGGCAGAUAUUUGGACGAAGAAUACCGCAAAUGGUGUACGUUGAUGGCGGCAGCCGAUUUCCUGGAAUUGACAUUAUUGGUGGUAGCAGAGUAGGUGAUCCCAGAUACGGAUAUGCUCAGCUUCCUAUUAGUACCCAAAGGUUUGCUUCUCUAGGUGGGUUAAGUCAGGCAAGGGUACCAGUUCAGAGCUUUAUUGAUGCAGGUCCCACUCUUGUAGCACCAGCACCAGCUCCAGUUUUUAGAACUAAAUCUACGCUUAGAAAAGCAGCACCCCUCCUGAGUGCAGGAGGCUUAAGUGGACCUGGUAACAUUCAGUUCACUUUAGGUGAUCUCGCUUUGCAAGGUCCUCAAGUUGCAGCUCCAGCCCCUGUACGGAAAACAACCAUUACUCAAAAUGCCGCUCCAUUAGGUUUUGCAGCAGUGGGAAGGUCUGCUCCAACUAAAGUAGUAACACAAGAACAAGUAAUUGGCCUUGCUGGAGAUCCUCAGAUACGCACAACUGUAACGAAAACAGAGCCAUCACCUGCACUUCUCACUGCGUCUAAAAUAGGACGUCCUGCCAUCGCUAACCCUUUUGGACUUAAAACAGUAGGUCAAGCAGCACCAUCAAAAGUCGUUACUCAAGAAGAAGUUAUUGGACCUGCUGGUGGAAGACAGGUUAUUACAACGGUAGCUGAAAACUCUGGUCCUUCAAAAAUUGGAGGUCCAGUUCUUGGUGGAUUAGGUCUUACCGCAGUUGGUAGAGCUCCAGUAUCCAACGUUGUUACCCAGGAAGAAGUCAUAGGUCCUGCUGGAGACGCACAAGUUGUUACAACUGUUACCAAACAGGCUGGUCCAUCCAAGAUUGGUGGGCCAGUAAUAGCAAGUCCUCUCGGAUUUGCAGGUGUGGGACAAUCAACAUCAUCAAAGACAGUGACUCAAGAAGAAGUUGUUGGACCAGCUGGUGAUAGAGCAGUUGUUACAACUGUCACCAAGCAAGCUGGACCAUCAAAGAUUGGAGGACCAGCAGUCUCGAGUCCAUUUGGUUUUGCAGGAGUUGGACGAUCAGCAUCAUCAAAGACAGUGACGCAGGAAGAAGUUGUCGGACCUGCUGGAGAUAGGGCUGUUGUUACAACUGUCACCAAGCAAGCUGGACCAUCAAAGAUUGGAGGGCCCGUGGUCGCAAGCCCACUCGGAUUUGCAGGUGUAGGACAAUCAACAACAUCUAAAACAGUGACUCAAGAAGAAGUUGUCGGACCAGCUGGAGACAGGGCAGUUGUUACAACUGUCACUAAACAGGCUGGCCCAUCCAAAAUUGGAGGACCAGCAGUCUCGAGUCCAUUUGGUUUUGCAGGAGUUGGACAAUCAGCAUCAUCAAAGACAGUGACGCAGGAAGAAGUUGUCGGAUCUGCUGGAGAUAGGGCUGUUGUUACAACUGUCACCAAGCAAGCUGGACCGUCAAAGAUUGGAGGGCCCGUGGUCGCAAGCCCACUCGGAUUUGCAGGUGUAGGGCAAUCAACAACAUCUAAAACAGUGACUCAAGAAGAAGUUGUCGGACCAACUGGAGACAGGGCAGUUGUUACAACUGUCACUAAACAGGCUGGCCCAUCCAAAAUUGGAGGACCAGCAGUCGCGAGUCCAUUUGGUUUUGCAGGAGUUGGACGAUCAGCAUCAUCAAAGACAGUGACACAGGAAGAAGUUAUCGGACCUGCUGGAGAUAGGGCUGUUGUUACAACCGUUACUAAACAGGCUGGCCCAUCAAAAAUUGGAGGACCAGUUAUUGGUGGAGGAUUAGGUCUGGCUGCUGUUGGUAGAGCUCCAGUAUCUAAAGUUGUUACCCAAGAGGAAGUUGUUGGCCCAGCUGGAGACUCUCAGGUUCUUACGACUGUCACUAAAACUGCCGCUGGUCCAUCAAAAAUUGGUGGCUUAGCUACAGGUGGUCCCUUAGGCUUUUCAUCAGUUGGCUACUCAGCUCCAACUCAGGUAGUUACACAAGAGGAAGUUAUAGGCCCUGCUGGAGAUGCACAAGUUGUUACGACUGUCACUAAACAGUCUGGCCCGUCAAAAAUUGGAGGACCAGCAAUUGCAAGUCCAUUCGGCUUCGCAGGUGUAGCACAGUCAGCCUCAUCAAAGACAGUGACUGAAGAAGAAGUUAUUGGACCUGCCGGAGAGAGGGCUGUUGUUACAACUGUAACUGAGAACGCAGGCCCAUCAAAGAUAGGAGGUCCAGUUGUAGGAGGUGCAUUUUCUGCUGUUGGUAGGGCUCCCGUAUCAAAAGUUGUUACCCAAGAAGAAAUUGUAGGCCCAGCUGGAGAUGCACAGCUUCUCACGACUGUCACAAAAAGUGUACAAGAUCCUUCACCUAUCGUUCAGCAGGAAGAAGUUCUGUCUCCAAUUUCUUCACUAAGCUCGAUAAGCCAGCUAUCUCAGGAAAUUGCUCAAGAUCCCAUCGAAGCAUCUUUGUCUCAAGGAGCGCUUGAGGAUUCUGCAAUACUGUCAUCAGGACCUUCGCUGUUGCAACCUUUUAGUCAAACUGUCCAGAGCGUUGUAGAUCCUAUUGGAAGUGGACAGUCUCAGUUAAGUGUGGACGACGAUGUUAUAGCUCAAAGCCCCUUUUCAGGAGCUGGAGGAACAGUCACUAAAAUAACAGAGGUAUCUCAAGCUCCUGUUGGAAUUUCUUCUGGAAGCUUUUCUGGCAUUGCUCAAGAAAGCAUAGCCGACAGAGUUGUUCAAGAGAGCAUUUCAUCAGAUAUAGGAGGAUUGAGCUUUGCACCACGAGUAUCAUUUUUAUCUCAGUAUCCUUAUGAUGUACGAGAUCCUGGCUUGUUAAGGUCCGUUUUGACAAGGCCUGUGGUGCAAGAACAGCAAGAGCUGGAACAGAUUUUAGUGUGAUAAAAAUGAACUGUGAAUCUCUGUCUUAGCUGUAUUGUAUUUUGAGAAUGGACAGUCAAUUGUUUGUGAUUUGAAGAUAAAUUGUUUAUUAUCCUAAUAUUCUUCAACUGUUUUGUCAAGUUUUUGUCUUCGUUAUGUAGUGAAAUAAACACAGUAUAUACGAGUA